GAAAUGCCGUUAAGUGUCGUCGACUGUCGCGUUUAGUUUUGUUGUUGUAGCACUGCUUCCGCUGCUAACAGCGAGGACAGAAGGUAAAAGUAGAACUGACAGACAGCGAUGUCGUUGUACGAUGACCUCGGUGUGGGUGCCAGUGACACCAAAACCGAAGGCUGGUCCAAAAAUUUCAAACUACUGCAGUCCCAGCUGAAGGUGAAGAAGGCAGCUCUGACCCAAGCCAAGUCCCAGCGGAUGAAACAGACCACUGUAUUGGCGCCUGUCAUAGAUCUAAAGAGAGGAGGUUCCAGUGAUGACCGACAGAACACAGACACUCCUCCACACGCUGCAAUUGGACUAAAGGAUGCAGUGCCCAGUGGUUUCUCUUCUGGCGAUGUGCUGAUUCCAUUGGCCGACGAGUACGACCCCAUGUUCCCCAAUGACUACGAGAAGGUGGUGAAGCGUCACAGAGAGGAGCGACAGCGGCAGAGAGAGCAGGAGCGGCAGAAGGAGAUUGAAGAAAGGGAAAAAAAGAGGAAAGACAGGCAUGAAGGUGGAGCUCCAAGUGGUUUCUCUCGUUUCCCUGCCACAGAGGAAGAUUCAGAUGAGGAGGAGGAGUAUGAGAAAGAGCGGAGGAAACGAAAUUUAGGUGGAGCAGCCAUUGCUCCUCCGUCAUCACUGGUGGACAGAGAUGGCUCUUCAUUUUCCUAUGAAGAUGAAGGCCGUCCUGCCAGAGGCUCAAAGGCAGCCAUCCCUCCACCACUAUAUGAGGACUCAGACCGGCCGCGUUCACCACCGGGACCAACAAGCUCCUUCCUGGCCAACAUGGGAGGUACGGUGGCCCAUAAGAUUAUGCAGAAGUAUGGCUUCAAAGAGGGCCAAGGCUUGGGGAAGCAUGAGCAGGGCCUGAGCACGGCACUGUCUGUGGAGAAAACAAGCAAGAGAGGGGGAAAGAUCAUCAUAGGUGAUGCCGCAGAAAAACCAGGGACCAGCCAGUCAGGUGGUGCUGAGACUUCAGGCGGAGGCUCUGCAGCGGAUGCUUCCAAGAAGUCGGAGACAAACCCGCUCACAGAGAUCUUGAAAUGCCCGACCAAAGUGGUUCUGCUGAGGAACAUGGUUGGUCGAGGAGAGGUGGAUGAAGACUUGGAGGGAGAGACAAAAGAAGAGUGUGAGAAAUAUGGCAAAGUGGUAAAAUGUGUUAUUUUCGAGAUUGCGGAUGUCCUGGAUGAUGAAGCUGUCAGGAUCUUUCUGGAGUUUGAGAGGGUGGAAUCAGCCAUCAAAGCUGUCGUGGAUCUGAACGGACGUUACUUCGGAGGACGAGUUGUCAAGGCCUGCUUCUACAAUCUAGACAGGUUCCGGGUUUUGGAUCUUGGCGAGCAGGUCUGAUGUUUUCAUAGGAAGCUCAACCAGCACCAACAGACAUUAUGAGCUUGUCAUUUCUCCACUUGUACAUAAACAUUUUUAUAUUUCCCAAACAUCUGUGUCUGUGUGUAGAGAUAAAACGGCCAUUUCUUUAGUUGUUUUUCUUUCUGUGAUUGAAAAAUACCUUAAUGUCAAGAGAAAAUAAAAGGUAUAAACCA